AUGGCAUUAGCUGCAUACGACUACGAUAUCAUGCACCGGCCGGGCAAAACAAUCCCUCAAGCAGACGUUUCGUCACGAUGGUCCAAAUUCGCGGCGGCUAAGAAACGCUAUUUCAUUGCUACUGCCUCCCCGGUAUCACGAGAGGAACUACACCGAUGCAUCAAACAAUAUUAUGAAGCAAUCAUCACCGCACUAUCAAAAGAAUGGAGUCCGGACGUAAAACAAGUGUUUGUGACUGAUAACGAAUCGCAAUUCUGUGCGGCGGAAUUUAAGGCAUGGCUGGACAGCAUUGGCUGCAGACAUUUGCGCACAGCACCACGCCAUCCCUGUCCGAACGGUGCAGCGGAAAACCUGGUGAAAACGGUGAAGAGUGCCAUGGCUUUUACAAAUCCGAGGACAAUCUCAGAGUUGGAGACACUCCUAGAUAAAUUCCUACUACAAUACCGAAAUGCUGAACAUGCUACCACCAAGGAGAGUCCGGCAAAACUGUUUAACGCCGGAAGUCUUCGAUCCUCACUACGAUGCCUGGAUUCAAGUGACGUUGUAUACUUCAGAGGAAGCGACCUGAGAUUAUCGAAAGGAAUAAUUACCCGCAAGAUUGGUCGCGCCAUGAUCGAGAUCACAGACCUAAGAGUUGCAAAAGUUUACCGACGUCACAUCGAUCAAAUCCUGUUCGACGAUACUCCUACUCCGAUUGAGGAUCCGGCCGAUAAAACCCAAGAAAACUCAUCCUGUGAUACACCGCCAACAACCACAGAAGAUCGCACACAGCAACCCUCUACUCCGAGAACGUCUACUGACGAGAAUACCACGCUAGCACUAAGAAGAUCAAUCAGAAGAGCAAACCAAUUCGACGAGGCUCUUUUGAGGGAGGAGAUUUGUGGUGAUUCGCAUCAACGAGAUUACGCCUGUUCUGGAGCUGCGCGGUACAGUUUCCUGACAUUGAUAGUCAAUCGACCUUAA